CCACAACAGAAAAAACCAACACCAUAUCUGUAAAUCUUAUCUGUAAUUCCUCUUAGCUAGCUGUAGUAUCGGCAAAGCAAGAGCAAUGAAUUCAAGCAAGUUUCCUGCAGACGGGCAAUGGACCAGUGGCUUAUGCGACUGUUUGGAUGAUCCCUCUGUUUGUUUCUUCACUUGCUUCUGCCCCUGCAUUACCUUCGGUCGGAUAGCGGAGAUCGUUGACAGAGGGAAUACAUCAUGUCAGCAUGCCUGUCUCAUCUCGUAUGCAAUGGGCUUUUGUGCAUGGCUUUAUGCACGUACUUAUCGAUCCAAACUGAGGGGCCAUUUUUCACUGCCGGAAGCUCCAUGUUCCGAUUCCCUGGUGCACUGUUUCUGUUGUGUAUGUGCUUGCGCUCUCUGUCAGGAGUACAGGGAACUGAAGAAUCGUGGCGCUGAUCCCUCCAUAGGUUGGCAAGCAAAUGUGGACAAGUGGAACCGAGAAGGACUCAAUCCCCCUUUUGUUACACCAGGCAUGGACCGUUAGAGCUCCGAUCCUGUCUAAGCCAUAAGCUGUCGCACCACCUCCUUUUCAACAAUCCCUGAUUUUGGGUUGCAGUUGGUCAUUUAAAAUAGAAACAAAAAAAUAUUCAAUAGCUGAUAGAAAGGAGAAAGGUAUUCAGUCAUUUGGGCUAGUGAUUUAAUAAUCAAAUGUAUAUUUCUGUAAUACAAAUAAUUUUAAAGCACACAUGUUUAAUUCUUGAUUUGUGGAAAGGGAAUAUGGUAAAGCCUCAUUUGUUUUGUUUGGAA